AUGAGCACACAAACUCAGACAGAGACCUUUGUCCUACAUAAUCGUGCAUCCCCCGAGCCUGUCGUCCACGAGCCGGCGCAAGAGCCAGAACCCGAACUCUCUCCCAAAUGGCGGUAUCCCAAGGUCCUCAGCGCGGGCAUGUCAUUCUUCGUGGCCGGCGUCAAUGACGGCAGUCUGGGCUCACUAAUCCCCUACGUGAUCCGGUCCUACGGGAUCGGCACGGACAUGGUAGCUGUCAUUGCCAAAAGGUACGGCACCACCUUUGCCGGCUGGUUGGUCGCCGCACUUUCCAACAGCACCAUCUGCCAAUACCUCGACCUAGGCCCGAUCCUCGCUGUGGGCGCAGCCCUCCAGAUCCUAGCUCAUGUGCUGCGCACCUGGAUGCCUCCAUUCGGGCUGUACGUGGUCACUUUCUUCCUGGCGAGUCUGGGCCAGGCAUACAACGACACACAUGCCAAUACCUUUGUCUCGUCGCUGCGCGGUGCCCACCGCUGGCUCGGUUUCAUCCAUGCCAUGUACAUGGCCGGUUGUCUGGUGAGUCCGUUCGUGGCUACAGCCGUGGCGUCGGCGAACCAGGAUUCACAGUGGGCGCUGUUCUACCUGUUUCCUUUGGGGCUGGGCGUGGCUAAUUUAGCGCUGCUGGGUGUGUCGUUUUGGGAUCGGAUGGCGCUGGCGCCGAAGCGGAGGAGACACGUUGCUGGAAUGUCUGGUGGUGUGGCUGCAGAAUCAAGUGGCAAGUCGGCUUUGAUGGAGAUUACGGUGACGCUGCGUACGCCUGGGGUGUGGCUUUUGAGUCUUUUCUUCUUUUUCUUCUUGGGUGCUACUAUCACUGCUGGGGGCUGGAUGGUCGAGUACCUCGUGAACAUCCGCAACGGCAACGUCAAAGACAUGGGCUACGUACCAGCAGGCUUCUACGGCGGCGGUUUUCUCGGGCGGUUGAUCCUAGCCGAGCCCACACAUCGGCUGGGCGAGCGGCGGAUGAUUUUCAUCUAUGCGAUGCUCUGUGUGGGACUGCAAUUGGUCUUCUGGCUAGUCCCAAACAUCAUCACCGAAGCCGUGGCCGUCAGUCUCCUCGGAUUCUUCUCAGGGCCAUUCUUCGCGACGGGUAUAUCAGUAGGCUCCAAGAUCUUCGCACCCGAGCUCCGAUCCUCAGCCAUUGCAUUCGUUUUCGUCCUCGGCCAAAUUGGCGGCUCCAUCUUCCCCGCGCUAACAGGGAUCAUCGCGUCGCGAGUCGGCGUGCAGGUGCUGCAGCCGAUGCUGGUUGGGUUGCUUGGGGCGGCGGGGGUGAGCUGGUUGGUUUUGCCUAAGGAUGCGGGGCUGCAUCGGGAUUAA